GUAACCAUCUUCUGUUACUCAUUGUGUAGGAAAUGCUGGAAGCUCUCAAGGCACUUUCAUCCUUUUUUGUUGAAAAUAGUUUGCGGACUCGAAGAAAUUUACGUGGAGAUAUUGAACGUAGAAGUUUAGCCAUCAAUGAGGAAUUUGUAAGCAUUUUCAAGGAAGUGAAGGAGGAACUGGAAAGCAUAAAUGAGGACGUGCAAGCCAUGAGCAACUGUUGUCAAGAUAUGACUUGUCGCCUCCAGGCGGCAAAGGAACAGACUCAAGAUUUAAUAGUAAAAACCACUAAGCUUCAAUCUGAAAGCCAGAGGUUAGAAAUCAGAGCCCAAGUUGCAGAUGCCUUCUUAUCCAAGUUCCAGCUGACUUCUGACGAAAUGAGUCUGCUCCGAGGUACAAGGGAAGGACCCAUCACCGAGGAUUUCUUCAAGGCACUGGGAAGAGUGAAACAGAUUCAUAAUGAUGUCAAAGUUCUCCUGCGUACAAACCAGCAGACAGCGGGUUUAGAAAUUAUGGAACAGAUGGCCUUGCUUCAAGAAACAGCUUAUGAAAGACUUUACCGGUGGGCUCAAAAUGAAUGCAGAGCAUUGACACAAGAAUCAUGUGACAUAUCUCCAGUAUUAACUCAGGCAACGGAAGCCCUGCAGGACAGACCUGUCUUACAUAAGUAUACCUUAGAUGAAUUUGGAACAGCCAGAAGAAGUACAGUUGUCCGUGGAUUUAUUGAUGCUCUCACAAGAGGAGGCCCAGGAGGUACACCGAGGCCUAUUGAAAUGCACUCCCAUGACCCCUUGAGGUACGUGGGGGAUAUGUUGGCUUGGCUCCAUCAAGCUGCUGCCUCUGAAAAGGAACACCUUGAAGCCCUCUUAAAGCAUGUAAGCACACAAGGUGUUGAAGAAAAUAUUCAAGAAGUUGUUGGGCAUAUCACCGAGGGUGUGUGUAGGCCUCUGAAGGUUCGAAUUGAGCAAGUAAUAGUUGCUGAACCUGGGGCAGUUUUAUUAUAUAAAAUUUCUAAUCUCCUCAAAUUUUACCACCAUACAAUCAGUGGCAUUGUUGGAAAUAGUGCAACUACAUUGUUGACUACCAUUGAAGAAAUGCAUUUGCUGAGCAAAAAAAUAUUCUUCAAUAGCUUGAGUCUUCAUGCAAGUAAAUUGAUGGACAAGGUUGAGCUCCCACCCUCUGAUCUUGGACCCAGUUCUGCACUAAACCAGACGCUUAUGCUGCUGCGUGAAGUUUUAGCAUCUCAUGAUUCUUCAGUUGUACCGUUAGAUGCUCGUCAGGCCGACUUUGUGCAGGUUUUAUCAUGUGUCUUAGACCCUCUCCUCCAGAUGUGUACUGUGUCAGCCAGCAAUUUAGGCACAGCUGAUAUGGCCACUUUCAUGGUCAACUCACUAUAUAUGAUGAAGACAACAUUAGCUCUGUUUGAAUUCACUGACAGACGUCUGGAAAUGCUACAGUUUCAGAUUGAAGCGCACUUGGACACACUUAUAAAUGAGCAAGCCUCUUAUGUUUUAACUAGGGUGGGCUUGAGUUAUAUCUAUAAUGCAGUACAGCAACAUAAACCUGAACAGCCAAUCACGGUUCGCUACUCUGGAAAGGCAGCCUCUUCUACCAGUAGGAACCAGUGUUGCUCCCUUUCUCUGCUUUCCAAGGGACCUUUAGCUGGUACACCUAACCUGGAUUCUGUGGCACUGAAGGCUGCAAUGGUUCAGUUUGAUCGUUAUCUGUCGGCCCCAGACAACCUGCUAAUGCCACAGCUGAACUUUCUUCUAAGUGCUACAGUGAAAGAGCAGAUUGUGAAACAGUCUACAGAACUGGUUUGCAGAGCCUAUGGGGAAGUGUAUGCAGCUGUGAUGGACCCAACUAGCGAGUACAGAGAUCCCAAGAGCAUUCUCCACCGCUCGCCGCAGCAAGUGCAGACACUUCUCUCCUGACGGUCUUGUUUGAUGGUGUUGGCAGAGUGUGACCUCCCUCAGACACUGAACGUUAUUUUUGUUUUUGGUCUCUUACUCUGAGCUUUAAAACGUGAUAGUUGCAGUUUCCCUUGCAUCUUGAGAUUGUAGGUCCCAAUGAUUUCUUUCAGUAAUGACAGCGGGCAAGUCCAUGGCAUGCGGACCGGAGUCCUGGUGUUCCCAUCGGCCCCACGUAUUUCGUGAGGUGCUCUGCUCUUUGCUGCUUGCCUCUCUGGCUCUGCAGUUCCUCCUCUUCCAGAAGCAAAAAGUAUUAGGAAUGGUGGGGCGGGGGCAGUAUUUUUGCAAGACUCAUUCUAAAAUAACAGCAUAUAAAAAACUUGUCUAAGCUUAAGCGUUCGCAUGAGGUUGUGACCCAGUAAAUGUCUUUUUACCUAAAGAUUCAUUGCCGUCUUGUUCACGGGAAUAGGUGUGCUCUGUAGCCUUUCUGAAUGCAGCUUGUGUCUCUGCCCACAGCAAAACUGCCCUUCGAGAGUUGUUGGAAGAAAGAAAAAUAACCGUGGGCGGUGGUACUGGUGUGUGUGGCAAUGAGUCACCUUCCUGGUCUCCUUUAGCACUGAAUAUAGAACUGACUUCACACAUUUUUAUGCAAUUUUUAAACGUGCCCUCAGCAAAAAAAGGAAAAAGAGGGGGAGAGGGCAGUCAUUUAAUAGGAUGACCUCCACUCUGGGGGCACCCCGGGAGGACCUCAGGGGGGAUGUUCCCCAUUUCCAGUGAGUGUCAGGGGCAAGGUGUCCAGAACUGAGCCUCAGUCUGAAGUUGGACCCUAGGGCCUCUCAGUCCAUCGGCUGCAGGUUUUCUCUGGUGUUCAGCCCAAAGAAGCGAGGAUUUGUUGGAGCGCUAGGGGAAGCGCUGCCGGGAGGUGUUGCCAGUCAGCUGCUGGCCUGCUCUGUGGUGGCCCUUGCUGUGGGGAAGGUUCAGAUCGCUGUGGUUUUAGGAAAUGAGUCUCGCUGUGCUUGGUUUAGCCUUACUUUGUUGUUAGGGCAUCGGGGCAAGUCCAGUCAAAAGAAAAACAAAAAAACUGGCAAAUCUGUAAAAGGGGAAAACUGAAACACAAGGAAAUAAUUGUUUCAAAAUGUUUUGAAAAGUAAUGAUAUUCAUGGUAGAGCAGUAUACUGUGUAAUGUAUGACAAAUUGAUAUUUACAGACAUGUUCUGUUCAUCUAUCUGAUAUUUGUAAUCAUUCAUAACUAGUAUGACUCUUUUUGGAGUAUGAGUGAUUAUAUAUUUUCAUUUUGGUAUGAAUCAGUAUUUUUAAUCUUUUCUGUUCAAUGAGUAUGUGUAAUAUAUAAAAGAUAAAAAAUAAAGAUAAUGUAAAUCAAGAACUCAAUUUUUAAAUAAUUUGUUUCUACUGUGAAAAAAGGUUGACACCCUGCCAUCAGUGAACUUAUUUGUUUGGGGUGGGAAUGUAUAUUUUGCUUUUUUGUGUGGUUUUUACAAAUAAAAUAUUAAAAUAUUUCUA